AAGUAACACAUAAAAUAGAAUUAUACUGUUAUAUACCCGCACUGUAUUUUUAUAUAGGAAAAAACCGGCCUAACCAAUGCAAAUGUUGAACAUAGAACAUAAUUUAAUACUAAUUCAUCAGUUUAAAUACACUUGACUCAUCUUCAUUUGAACACUCCCUUUGAUCACUCCCUUGUGCAAAAAAGUGAGCAAAGGAUCUUAACAUUGUCAUGAAGUUCUGGAAGAUCUUGAAGAGCCAAAUCGAGCAGACCCUGCCCGAAUGGCGCGACCAGUUCUUGUCCUACAAAAACUUGAAGAAACAGUUGAAGGCUAUGUGUCCCAAAGAUGCUCACACCCCUCCCAUAUGGGAUGCUCACCAGGUCAGCCACUUCCUUUGCCUAUUGGAGGUUGAGAUUGACAAGUUCAACACUUUCUUUGUUAACAAGGAAGAAGAAUACAUCAUCAAAUGGAAGGAGUUGCAAGACAGAGUUGACAGGGUCAUGGAUUAUUCAGAUUUGGAGUUGAUGUCAUUAUGGAGGGAAAUAGUUGACUUCCAUGGGGAGAUGGUUUUGUUGGAGAACUAUAGUGCACUUAACUACACAGGUUUAGUGAAGAUAAUAAAGAAACACGAUAAGCGAACUGGUGGACUACUUCGCUUGCCGUUUAUCCAAGAGGUUCUGAACCAGCCCUUUUUCGAAACUGAUGUGCUUAACAACCUUGUUAAGGAGUGUGAGGUGCUACUGAACAUUCUUUUUACCAACAAUGAUAGCCCUUCUUGCCCUUGCACAUCAACUAGUGAGGAAAAUGAAGAAAAUAAAGAGAAGCUGAUGCAGGUUCCUGAAGAAAUUGCUGAAAUUGAAAAUAUGGAGAAUGUGCUCAUCAAGCUAACUUUAUCAGCAUUGCGUACCUUGGAAGAAAUUCGCGGUCAAAGCUCAACAAAGCAAGGGGUAAAAACUAAAACGUCAGGUGAAGCUUGUGGAGACAAGGAAAAGGUAGCACAUUCAUAGAAUGGAUCCUGAAGCUACUCGUCUUAGUCAAAAUAAUCUGAACCGUCUUUAAGAGAUAUCUUACUAUUAGCAUCAAUUAUGGCUGGUGAAUUGUGAUCACCUGAAUAUUUAUUUAUACUGUUCUAGAUGAAUAACUAAAUAAGUAGUGUAUAGAAAGAAAUCAAGACUGUUUUGCCAUUCAAUGAAGUAUGUAAUAAUGGAUUAAUAUUUGAUAUACAUUAGAGCAUCUAUGUUUCCUUGAGCAUCA